CUUUGCUCUCUUGAAUGAGUUUCUCAUACUCAAUUUUUGGUUUUUAAAUAAAAAAUAUACAUUUUUUUGUGUUGAGAUGCAACGCGUCAAUCUUACUUUUUUAUUAUAAAAAGAAAUAUUACUUGCAUUAAAUUUUGAGGUUGUUACACGACAAAAUCAGUUUUAUAAUACUGAAAUUCUUGUACCAUGUAACGAAAACAAUGGUAAUCCAUUUUGUAUUUGACUCGAUAUUUUUUAAGGCACGACUCACUUAAAACAAAAAAGUUAUACUGACAUUACUUUAAAGACAUAAACGAUUAAGGGUUGUAUACGGUUCAUGGACUCAGAUGAUCCACGCGACUUUAUUGAUUUUCAUUAAAAAAUCAAAUUUGUUUUUCAGAAACGUUUUUUCUAUUACAGUGAAUGAUUUUGAAAAAAUAUUAUAAGUAGAAACUAAUGUCGUCGUGAUCUGAUUGCCUGAAUAACUUGCUCUUACAUGAAAAAUUGCAAUUCCUACGACAUGUAAAAUGUAACCUAAUGCUCGAGUAAAAAAGUUUGUUAUAUCUAUUGUAAUUGUGUUUAUUAACAUAGUCGUAAGAAUUCUUUUUAAUAUAAUGCAAAGUUCUUCAUGUCGAAAACAGUUUAGAGGGUUACAUAAAUUUAUACAAGAUAUACGGUCUUCCACGUGUAAAGCAAAUGAAGCUGGGCGUGUAGAGGAGGAGCUGGCAAAUAUUCGAAUAAAAUUUUAUCAAAACAAAAAUUUAAAAACAUGUGAAUUGAUGAAAGCUGUUUGGAAGUUGAUAUAUUGCUAUAUGUUGGGGUACCAAGUUACAAUUGGUCGCUUUGAAUCAAUCGUUUUAGUAGCAUCACCUAAAUAUUUUGAGAAACAAACUGGUUACAUUGCAUGCUCCAUUCUUUUUAGAGAUUCUGUUAAAAUGCUGAAUCUUUUAAGCAACUCAAUAAAACGAGAUUUAAAGUCUCGUUCUAUACCCAUUGUUACAUUGGCUCUUAACUUUUUAGCCAAUAGUCCAUGUGACGAUAUAGUAGAUCAUGUUUUCGCCGAUGUAGUAAAUUUAACUCUUUUUCAUAAAUCAUUUGACUUACAAGGAAGAGCUUACUUGGUACUUCUAUAUUUUUUCCGGUGUCGCCCAAGCUGUUUUGGUAAUUUGGAUUUAUGGGUCGCCAAAAUUAUAAAGCAUUUUGAAAAAGACGCUGAGAAGGAAAAUAUUCGAGCUAUUGUUCUCUUUACACUUGGGUUACUGGAAUCAUCAAUUUCCGAAAUUAACACUGUUCGCUUAUUGACGCCAAUCAUUAAUACACUUAGCCGAGUUGUCUUUGAUCGAAAACUUACAGGAAACACUUACUACGGUAUAAGUGAUCCUUGGAUGCAAAUCAAUCUUUUACGAGUUUUUCAAUUUUUUUCUCCGGACAUAAUAUCUGAUGAUCUAUUAGAACAUAUAAAUCGCAUUGUACGAAAUAUUCUAAGUCGUUCACUUACAUUGCCAAAUUUAGCUUCGUACAUUGGUUGUCGAGGAAGUAAUAUGGAGACCAUACAAGAACAUCGAUGUAAAAUUGCUGCAAUAUUUUUUGAAGCGGUGCACGUUCUUAGUGUUUUCAGUCCAGUUUUGGAUGCAACAGUAAAAUAUCAAGCGACUGAUCUCUUACUUCAGCUUUGUUCUAUUCAUGACCAUAAUAUUAGAUAUUUAGCACUACAAAGUCUUUCAAGUUUCGCAGUUCAUUCAGAUAUUCUAAAUAUUACCUAUCCUAUAACACAGAAUAUAAUCAAGCAAUUAGACGAGCCCGAUGACUGUUUGCGUCACCAAGCUAUGAAUUUACUUUGUAACAUAUGUCAAAAGAGUACUUACAACUUAAUUUUUUGCCAUCUCUUCAAAUACUUAACGAUAUCAUUGGACCAACCAGUCAUUGAAGAUUUACUUGUGAAAAUGAUCUACUUAAUUGAGAAACACUCUGAAAAUUUUCAAGAAUAUAUAGAUACAGUAUUUAUGCUUCUUUCGUGUGAAAAAAAUAGUUGUAAUGAUCAAUUAUGGCGAAGAAUCGUACAGGUAAUCACUCAAAUGGAUUCUGAAAAUCAUAAAGCUCAAGCGUAUGCUGCUUACAAAGCGUUCACAUUCUUAAUGGGGGCUUGUGUGAAAAAAGAAUUAGUGAAACUGUCUGCUUAUAUACUAGGAGAAUUCGGUCAUUUGAUUUACUCUAAAGUUACUCAAGAAAAACAGUAUGAAGCGUUAUGUUAUCAUUUACAUGACGUUGAUACAGACGUUAAAAUCAUUUUUUUAGUAGCCUUACUAAAAGUAGGCUAUGACAAUAAAAAAAUUAUAAAAAAGGUUUCCCAAAUAUUUCGCACAUACAGCGCUUCCAAACAUCUCCCAGUAGCUCAACGAGCACAGGAAUUCAUCGUGCUUCUUACGCUUGAUACGGCUUCAUUGGAGACUAUUUUAGCAUGUAUGCCGGUUCUCCCUAAGAAUGAUUUUAAUAUGACAAACUUAAUAAGACCUUCUCGUCUGUUCACAUUGAAAAAAGGAGUGCCGUCAAAAAAUUUACAAGAUAUUUCGCGUAGUCAAGACAUUCUUUUACGAAUACCAAGACUCAAAGAAACAUUUUCGUUUACAAAAGAUACCAACACGUCCUCUUUUGAUAAAGCAAGCUCUUCUUCCAAUGAUGGAAGCUCAACAGAAACAAGAACUCAAACUAACGUACAAUUUGCGCAAUCGUCGUUUGAGAGGUACGAAGAUCAUCUGGAAGUGUUCAAUCAACACGAAGAGCACCCAAAUCGUUGCGAAACCGUGACAACGACUGAUGAUUUAUCUCCAUUUCCCCUGUGGUCUCAAUUAUGUCUUUUACCUAAAGGUUUAUUGUGUGAUGAAAAUCCAGUACAAGCGUUUGUAAAUCAAACAUAUAAUCAAGGAGAAGGACAGUUGCAGAUAACUUGGAAGAAUAUGACUCAAGAGCCAAUCAUUUUAGACAGCUUAACCGUCGAACCAUGCAUUGGUUUAGCACAAAAGAUUAUUUAUGAUCCAACAUUACAAAAUGUUGCCGUUUUACACAACGACGCAAGUGAGGUUCAACAUGUUGUGAGACUUCGCCUAACAAGCGCGUUCCUUCAUUCCCCCCGAUAUUUUUGUCGUGGAAUUUAUGAAAUUUCAAAAAAGCAAUUUCUCAUUAAAACCACUUUACCUACCUGUAUGUUCUCAUAUAUGGUUCCCUCUGAAAUAAAAACUGAAGCAAUACCGCAAGAUGGAAUCACGGUAACACGCAUUGGCCAGUCUCGAUUUCCAUACGCAGAGUCAAUGAAAGAAAUUUCAAAAGUCCUUUCAGCUGGAUUUCACAUGAAUGUUAUACGUAAGAAAAAUAAAGUGAUUGGUAAUGGAUUACUUGAAAUGAAACCAAUUGAUGAGAAUUCUGUUAAUAUGUCAUGCUCUAUUCACGUUUGUCUCAAAAAUGCUGAUUUAUUUGAAGUUAAAGUCAAUACAAUGGAUGCUGCAUCAAGCGAUUAUCUUUCGCAACUUACUUGUUCUUAUAUUUUCACUAGUGAAUUCAUUCACUAAAAGUGAAAUACUAACCAGGUAUUUUAAAAAAACAAUAACAAAAAAUUUAUUAAUCUGUUGAAACAUUCAACAAAUAAAAUAUUUAGUACAAUAGACAAAAACUAUGUCGUUUUAGUUUUGCGAUUGAAUCUUGUUUCAAACGUAAAAUGAUUUGGACAAAAAUUUUAGCACUGUUUAAAAUUUUUCGAACCAUUUUUUUUACAAAAAAAAAAUGAACAUUGUAGAAAUGAACUAUGGCAUAACAAUGGAAAUUCCUAAUGUUAGUUAAUACCAAGGCUUUACAUGCUAAGUUUUGAUGGUGUUUUUAAAUGAAACUUGUUCGAUCUGCAUAGAAUCUUGGCAACUUGCUACCGUUUUAAGCAGACAGUAACGAAACAUUUCAGUCUUUGCUUCGUGUUGCGUCACGGUGUUGUAACCGAAUAUAACCAAAGCUUUUCAGUAGAAUUUGUUUGUAAUGACGUUUCUGUAUUAAAAAAAAAUGUUAUGAUCAUCUAUCUAGAUUUGAUAUUAUUAACAUCAAUU